CCGCUUGCAGAGUUUGAGCGCAGUCGCAGGUUCUCCAUCGCCUGGUGCAAGAUCUACAUCUACCGUCACUCUGCCACUGUCUGGGAUCCUCCUUUAUAUAGACGGGAAACGCAACUAAACCACUUUACUCAACGCGGAUCCAGUUUGUUCUCAUUUUCCUCUUUUUGCCCCCCUCUCUCCUUUUUUUUCUCCUCCUCACCCCCCUCUGAUCAGACUUAACUAGCCUGUAUUUUGUAAAGCCAAUUGUUAGUGCGCAUCAUCGCAGGAGCCAAAAGGAGGUUUGCCACUGUUCCAUAGGAGACUGAGGGCUGCUGGAGCGUCAUGACAGCUGAGAAGAGCGGGCCCGUUAUAAACGGUAAACCAGAGGAUGGCAAAGACCCGGAAGGGUCCAGCUCCAGCGUGGACAAGGUGCAGUACAUUGAGAGGGGCCACUGGAACAACAAGAUCGAGUUUUUCCUGUCUGUGGCUGGAGAGAUCAUCGGGCUGGGCAACGUCUGGAGGUUUCCUUACCUCUGCUACAAGAAUGGAGGAGGUGCGUUCUUCGUUCCAUAUGUCAUCUUCUUCGUGUGCUGUGGUAUCCCCGUGUUUUUCCUGGAGACUGCCCUGGGUCAGUUCACCAGUGAGGGAGGCAUCACCUGCUGGAGGAAAGUCUGCCCGCUAUUUGAGGGUAUUGGCUAUGCAACGCAGGUGAUUGAAGCUCAUCUAAACGUGUACUAUGUAGUGAUCCUUGCCUGGGCCAUAUUCUACCUCUUCAACUGCUUCACCACCGAGCUGCCGUGGGCUAGCUGUGGGCACUACUGGAACACAGAUAACUGUGUCGACUACUAUGGAGAAAAUGCCACCAACAUUACAAACCCCAACGCAAGCUCUCCAGUCAUUGAGUUCUGGGAACGCCGAGUGCUGAAGAUAUCAGAUGGUAUUGAGCACAUGGGGGGAAUGCGCUGGGAGCUGGCCAUGUGUCUGGCCCUGGCCUGGUUCAUCUGCUACUUCUGCAUCUGGAAGGGACCCAAGUCAACCGGCAAGGUUGUGUAUGUGACGGCUACAUUUCCUUACGUCAUGUUGUUGGUCCUGCUGGUUAGAGGAGUGACGCUGCCAGGAGCAUACGAAGGCAUCAAGUUCUACCUCUACCCGGACAUUUCACGUCUCUCUGACCCUCAGGUGUGGGUGGAUGCUGGAACCCAAAUCUUCUUCUCCUAUGCCAUCUGCUUGGGCUGUCUCACUGCUCUGGGAAGCUACAACGCCUACAACAAUAACUGCUACAGGGACUGCCUCAUGCUAUGUUGUCUGAACAGCGGCACCAGCUUCGUAGCAGGUUUUGCUAUCUUCUCUGUGCUGGGCUUCAUGGCCUUCGAACAAGGUGUUCCCAUCGAGGCCGUGGCAGAAUCUGGUCCUGGUCUUGCAUUCAUUGCAUACCCCAAGGCUGUCACUAUGAUGCCUCUGUCUCCACUUUGGGCCGGCCUCUUCUUCUUGAUGCUCAUCUUCCUCGGUCUGGACAGUCAGUUUGUGUGUGUGGAGAGUUUAGUGACAGCUGUGGUGGAUAUGUACCCAGAGACCUUCAGGAGAGGAAACCGCAGAGAGCUGCUGAUUCUGGGCAUGUCUAUAGUCUCCUUCUUCAUAGGGCUCAUCAUGUGUACAGAGGGAGGGAUGUACGUCUUCCAGCUGUUUGACUCGUACGCUGCCAGCGGGAUGUGUUUGCUGUUUGUGGCCAUAUUUGAGUCCAUAUGUAUCGGCUGGGUGUACGGUAGUGACAGAUUCUACUCAAAUAUUGAGGACAUGAUUGGCUACAAACCUGUCUUCUUCAUCAAAUGGUGCUGGAUGAUCCUGACCCCGGGCAUCUGUGCUGCAAUUUUCCUGUUCUUCCUGAUUAAAUACAAGCCGCUGAAGUACAACAAUGUGUACACCUACCCUGACUGGGGCUACGGCAUCGGCUGGUUCAUGGCCACGUCCUCGAUGGUCUGCAUCCCUCUGGGGAUGGUCUGGAUGAUCUGGAAGACUCCCGGCACCUUCUCUGAGAGAAUAAAGAAGUUGACGACUCCCAGUCCAGACCUGAAAAUGAGAGGGAAGCUCGCCGCCCUCAGUCCUUACGCGGCCAACGAUGCAAAACUUAAGGUUGAUGGGAAAAUAUCCACCAUCUCAGAGAAGGAGACGCAUUUCUAACUAACCGCCUGACCGACCAACCAAGCUGCUUGCCGUCUUCACAAUAAGCCCAACAAAUGAAAACUACAGCAAACAACAACAACAACAUUAUCCACCACUACACAAAACAGGAAAUGAAAAAAAAUACUCAGAGUGUUAUUUUUGUUUUGUAAAAAAAAAAGGAGAAAAAAAAGGAAACGCUAUCACACGAUUCGUAGUCUGCUUCUGUUUUGCACAAACUUUGAUAACACAUUUGCUGUGUUUUUUUUUCAGUUAACAUCGUGACUAAAGCAGUUGUUUCUUUCUUUUCUAACCAUUAAUAUUUUAAAAAUCUCUUUGAUGACUUAUGGUUAAAACUUGUCCUGGUACCUUGUCAGUACUGGUCACACUAGUGUCUGGGCCUGUAGAACAAUACCAAUGUGCUGUGUUGUAAAAGACUUACACUGUACAUUUAUUGGCAAAGUGCUGUGCCUCUCUAUUCGGUACUAGGUACCCAAAUGUGACUAAGAUGUAGCAGCUUGGGGACUAUUCUACAUAGUAGUGUGUAUUAAGAGGAUACUGCAGUAUGUGUUCGUACUGAGGCUAUAGGAGGGCAAACCCUGAAUACCCCUUUGACUUGUAUAUAAAGAGUUUUGCCAUCGAAAUUUUGGACGUUGACGUCAGGCCCUUUUAUUUAUUUGAAUUCAAUUUUGUUGCUAAGCAACAUGAGCAAAAACUCUGCUUACUGGAUGCAAUUUAAUAAUAUUAUUAGGCUAUUGAUCAUCACUUUAGGAUUUAUUAGGUCCUUGAGGGCUUUGCUGAUUUCCAUGGCACCGCUCUAUCUACAUAGGCGUCUCUGCUCGGGAGGUUUGCAGCAAUAAUGAAGGGCAAACAAAUAGUAAAACCUGUGAAACCGUUCCCCUUUUAGGGAAUCUUUCACUUUGCAUCUCUUGUUUUGAGCCACAAAUCUUCACAUGGCUACAAAUAGCAAGUGACUCGCAGGCUGAGUCUCAAAAGUCUCCCUCCUCUAGCUGCCCUCCUAUAAGUCGUGGGUAUCUGUCAUUUCACAGCAAUUAUGCUGAGCCUAACACAGAGUGACAGACAGACGUGCUUCCACCCCUGCAUUUUUAUUUCCUGUUCCGCCUGUAAAAGAGAAGAUGCACGCCCAUCAGAUGGAGCAUUUCAAAACCCAUCUGUCUUCUUAUCCCCCUUUCCCCUUGUCCCCUUCCCUCUUUUCUCCCGCUGUCCUUCCUUCUCAUCCUCAACCUCUGCUUGUCCGCCUCUCUCAAUGUUUUUCCCCUUCUGUCUUUGGCUCGUCUUCAUCAUCACGUGGAGGGCUUGAGCAAUGACACGCGCCUUGUAUGAAACUGUGAUGCUGUUGAAUGCUUUGUAUUUCAUCGUAGACUUAAGCAUCAGCGAUCGUCGAUUAGUGUUUCUGUGACCAUCUUCUAAUUUUGCUGUCUGAGCCGCUAUAGGGGUGAAAGCACAGUCUGUUCCUGUCAUCCAUUUAAUUGUGGUAAGAGUCGAUGAGCUGGUCUCAUUGUUGAGAUCAAUCUCAGUCCAUUACAGCCUCGUCCAAUCAGCACUCAAACUUGUCCUCCCUUCCUUGCUUUGUCCGACUCUCUCACCUCCCCGUCCUUUCUUCCCUCUGUCCUUUGUUUCCUGAUGAAAAUGCAAUCAGAGGAGAGCAUCUGAGGGGAUGAAACUCAAAUUUCUCUCUUUACAGCUUUUCAGGAGGAGGCAAAGAAAGCAGGGAAAGAAAUUAGGAAUCGAUGAGCUGAGGAAGUGUGUGAUCGAGUAUGUAACGAGGGAAAUUGAGGAAGUGUUUAGUGACUGAAGCCCCUCCUGUCUAAGCUGUGACAUCCUCUUAAACACGCGAUUGGUCCCGCUGGUGUGGUUGCAUUGUGACAUUAUCGCCUCCUCACUGAUGUUUGUGCAAGUUAAUAGUUGUGUGCAUUGGAAAUUAUAGCCUGCUGUUUAACACUGAUCAUGUUGAUGUAUAUUUUUACAUCUCUUUCUAGAAAUCUGUGGUCUAUUUCUUGACAUGAAAGAUGUUUUAAAAGAAUUGCUGUAUUAAAAAAAGAAUACGACCUUUAUUUUGACUUUUGAUAUGUCGCUCAAAAGAUCUUGUUAUAGAAAUAUAAUGAAAGGUGUUUUACUGUUCUGUACUGUUCUACACAAAUUUUGGUAUUCACAGGACACAUGAACUGUCUGCUUACUCAUUUUUAAGAAUAAAUAUUAUAAAGGAAAUGGA